GGUUUUUUUCGGCGCACAAUUCAGAAGAACUUGAACCCGACAUAUGCGUGCAAGUACGAGGGCAAGUGCGUCAUAGACAAAGUCACCCGCAACCAGUGCCAAGAAUGUCGCUUCAAGAAAUGCAUCGCUGUUGGCAUGGCAACAGACUUGGUGUUGGAUGACAAUAAGCGUCUGGCCAAGCGGAAGCUUAUCGAAGAGAACCGCCAGCGGCGGCGGCGCGAGGAGCGGCAGAAGACGGUUUGGGAGCGACCCGAGCCCACGCAGGAGGAGUGGGAGCUCAUCCAGGUCGUCACUGAGGCCCAUAUGGCCACAAACGCCCAAGGCAACCAUUGGAAACAGAAGCGCAAAUUCCUGGUGAGAGGUCUCUUCCCUGACGAGCACAUAACAGCGAUAUUUCUUGUGUUUUAGGACGUUUCUUUAUUUUGGAUGGGAUUCUGUUUGUUUUUGGGUUUUUUUUUUUUCACAACCCUAGAUUCCCCUUCCCGCACAAUUCCCAAGCCCUUCCUCACCGCUGUUCCCAAUGU